AUGAAAAAACUUUGGUUGAUUCUUAUUCUGACAUUCUUGAUCUUCACUGUAGCUGAAGCAUCGAGAUAUAGAAGAAAUAAUCCUCUACUUUCUUUGCUACAAAAACAAAAACAUGAAGCUCGCUCUUCUUCAUCUACGGCUUUAAAGCCAACAGAUCAAACUUGUCCUUCAGCACAAAUAUUAUGUGGAGAUGAAUGUUGUGAUAAAAAUCUCUGUUGCGAUGGGUUAGCAUGUUGUAGUAAACCAGGUCAAUGUUGUGGAGGUGCCUGUUGCGAUCAGAAAUUUUGUUGUGGGUUUGAAUGUUGUACCGGCCCUGAUCUUGUGUGUUGUCCGAAUAAUGAUGCCAAGGUAACUGAUUGUUGUUCUAAAGAAGGUUGCCCAAAAGAUGGAUCGGGUUGUCAAGAUUAA